UCUUCAUCUUCCACUUCCUCUUCCUAUUUUUGUGUGAAGGAAUACCGAGACAGGAAAAAGGAGAACCAGGAGCGUCUAGCGGAGGACACGGAGGCCAACGAGGGGAUGGACGCCCCCCUCCCCCCUAACAGCACCUCCAGGGAGCGCCUCUGGCGGGCCUUCGAGAACCCCCACACCUCCACCAUGGCGCUGGUCUUCUACUACGUCACCGGCUUCUUCAUCGCCGUCUCUGUCAUCGCCAACGUGGUGGAGACGGUGCCCUGCCGGCCCCCCAAGGGCAGCGUCAGGGACCUCCCCUGCGGGGAGAAAUACCAUCUGGCCUUCUUCUGCAUGGACACGGCCUGCGUGCUCAUCUUCACCUUCGAGUACCUGAUGCGCCUCUUCGCCGCGCCGAGCCGCUGCAAGUUCAUGCGCUCGGUGAUGUCGGUGAUCGACGUGGUGGCCAUCAUGCCGUACUACAUCGGCCUGGUGAUGCCCGAGAACGAGGACGUGAGUGGCGCCUUCGUCACGCUGCGCGUUUUCCGCGUCUUCCGCAUCUUCAAGUUCUCGCGUCACUCUGCGGGUCUGAGGAUUUUGGGCUACACGCUGAAGAGCUGCGCCUCCGAGCUGGGCUUCCUGCUCUUCUCCCUCACCAUGGCCAUCAUCAUCUUCGCCACCGUCAUGUUCUACGCCGAGAAGGGCACCGCGGGCUCCACCUUCACCUCCAUCCCGGCCUCCUUCUGGUACACCAUCGUCACCAUGACCACACUCGGGUGAGUUGACGCCACUUUCCCUUUUUUUGUUUCUUUUUCUUUUUCCGCCCGGCUGCUGUGAUGCUCAAACAGAUAUUCUUUAUGUUGCCACCGACCUUGUGUUUUGUGAUAUUAUGUCAUUAUUAUUGGUUA